CCGAGGCGUAACGCUUUUUUCACGUCAACGUAAUGACAAGUGAUUCAUGAGUUCGGUGACUAUUUUUCAAGUGUAAUACAAAGAGACAUUCAUAACGCAUCAGGCGAAGAUAUUGGGAUAUUUGAUCACAUUGUUUAGUGUUGCUCGUUUCGGAGGUGACUAGCUGGAAGUUAUCAAGGGUGGCCAGCUGGAAGUUACGGCUUGUUGGCCAGCUGGAAGUUAUCGCGGAGUGGCCAACUGGAAGUUAUCGCGAGGUGGCCAGCGGAAAGUUAUCGCGCGGAUUGGCCAACUGAAAGUUUUGCGGAGUGGCCAGCUGAAAAAUAUCGCCAAGUGGCCAGCUGAAAGUUAUCAAGGGGAAACUUGCUUAGAGGUGCCAAGGAGUGCCCAGCUGAAAGUUAUCGUGAGGUGACCAGCUGGGGGUUAUCGUGAGGCGACCAGCUGGGGGUUAUCGUGAGGUGACCAGCUGGGGGUUAUCGUGAGGCGACCAGCUGGGGGUUAUCGUAAGUUGACCAGCUGGGGGUUAUCGUGAGGUGACCAGCUUAAGGUUAUCGUGUGGUGACCAGCUGAACGUUAUCGCGGGGGGACCAGGUGGGGGUUAUCCUGAGGUGACCAGCUGGGGGUUAUCGUGAGGUGACCAGCUUAAGGUUAUCGUGUGGUGAUCAGCUGGACGUUAUCGCGGGGGGACCAGCUGGGGGUUAUAGUUAGGUGACCAGCUGGGGGUUAUCGUGUGGUGAUUAGCUGGACGUUAUCGCGGGAGGACCAGCUAGGGAUUAUCGCGUGGUGAUCAGCUGGACGUUAUCGCGGGGGGACCAGCUGGGUGUUAUCGCGGGGUGGCCGAGAGACAGAAUGAGAACGGGAUGAGAUACAAGCUAAAACUGCUGGCUGUACUGAUACCAAUCAGCUUGUGUUCCUGCUUCUACUUGAACCUGAUCCUCACAGGUGCCAUUAGGGAUGGCUCCCCCAUCCGACAACGCCUUCAGAGGCACCCAACGCUCAAUUCCAGUCGCCCAGGCAGGGACGGACAUCCAUUCUGCUCACCGCUUGGCUCAGUCUACACUAAUCCAAAGUGGGAUUUUCGCCGCUUUACCCGUCCGCAGUUCUUAUCCAGCUACAAGAACCCGUGUUUCCUCGGGAGACAAACAAAGGAUAACGUAACCAAGAGUGUCGGUCGCGUGCUUCACUGCCUGCCUUACUUCCUGGUGGCUGGCUUCCCGAAGGCUGGGACCACGGACCUGUGGCAACGCCUCAGUCAUCACCCGGAAAUCAUGCUCAAGCACAGGAAGGAGCCCAAUUUCCUCAACCUUGGCAGGUUCAGGGGUCCAUUUGAGGUUAUCACGAUGAUGUACAUGCGGUUACUGGGGAAGUCCGCUGUGGAACUACAGCGGCUGGUGGCGCCACUGGACUGUGGUCAUCCCUUCCCCUAUCAUCACGGCAUCACAGGUGAGGCGACAGUGGACGCGGCAUUCUCGAUGGGCAGCUGGCGGGCAACCCCGGGGAACGAAAACUGCAGUGAACCCCGAGUUACGAACGCCCAGUACGCCGCGCAACUCAACCCGGGCCUUAAGGUCCUCUUUCUCACCAGGGACCCUGUAGAAAGGAUCUACUCUGACUACAUUUACGAGGCACGGUUCCUGCGCUACCCGACCUCUCCGCAACUCUUCCACAAAGCCGUCACCAGGGCCAUAAAAAUGCAUAACGACUGCAGAAAGCACAGCUCACUCCGCGCAUGCGCAUACAAUAACACAUUGGAAAAUUAUCAGGCCCGUGUGCGGGUCGGGCUGUACCACGUGUAUAUCCGGGACUGGAUUGAGACGUUCUCGCGUGCGCAAGUGCUUGUUGUGCGCUCCGAAGACACCAUUGCCCUGGACACGCGAGAACACGAGUACAAUAGGAUGCUCAAGUUCCUCGACGUCCGGCCGUUCACCCGGAACGAGCAGGCGGUCGUCUUUAACCUAAAGCCAUCCAAUGCCCGGAGGCAAAAGGAGAUUGAGCAGGGCGACAUGCUUCCUGCCACCCGGCGGCUCCUUGAGGACUUCUACCGACCGCACAACGCAGAACUACAUGAGAUGUUUCCCGAGAUUGAUUACCUGUACAAUGACGUGCCGGGAACCACGGCGGAGUACACUGCGAAGUAAAUGUAGGGACCAGAAUGCAACGAGAAAUAGACAGUUAAAUUGUUGACCUGGGAUGCUCCCAGGGGAACUGGUUUCGGUCCUUGUUUUAGAAACUGUUUGUGUAAGAUUGAGAACACGAAACACAACAAAAACUGUAUACGGUGUGAAAUACUGCAACGUUGACAUCACUUCUUUAUUGCACACUCACCUACUGAGGAGUUUUUGGAUUGAGAACGAGUUGUUGCCAUAUCGAUUUGUCGAGAUUUGUUUGAGAUGACUCAAGAAGAAUUAAUCGUAGCAGUUGCAUGCAGGCGCAUUCAUCCAGUACAUUUAUCAUCGACAUAACUUGAAUUCAAUGCUUACUAGUUUUUCCUAUCUUUAAUUUAACGUCAUAUUGCUUGCAUGAACUUAAUGAUAUGUUCAUGAAUAGUUAGUUUGAAUACUGAGUAUUUUCUUAGAUAUACUGCGUAUUUUGAGUACGUGACUAAUACUGUGUAUUAUUCGUGGUCGACGGUGUCACCCCCUUCUCCAUUGGAACGCUAAAAUUUGGCCCAUUUUUACACAAUUCCUGAUGCGGAGGUUAGGCAUGCCGGGUUCAACUUACACAUCGAAAUUGCUUCGGGUUCAGCAGAUAACGAGCACAUGAACAUGUCUGUCAUAUAAAAUACUCCCAUUAAUAAAUGAAUCGUCAAUCAAAAAUACAAAGGCUUUUUUUCCGUCGCACAUUUAGACAUAGGAAACAAAGCUUAUUUAAAGGGCCAUGGUGCUGAAUCAUCAACCCAUCGACCCUCAAUCUCAUAUCCAGGGACUGAUCACAUCGGUUCAAUAUUGAAAUGCAACCUGAGAAAAAAAACAAACAAUGAAUAUCAGAAUAAUUGAGAAUACCAUCUAUUAAAGCACAAGAAAACCCGUGGGUGGCCUAUAAAUGGUAUUGCUACAACUAUCUGGCCGUUUUGGUGUAACUACAUGUAUAUGUAGCCUUGAAGAGUCAUGCUUCGUUCAAUGAAACUACGACCUCUAACCACUAGCCACCAUACGUGUAAUUACUUAUCUAUGUGUCCACAUCUAGGUUAUCUCCUAAUAUAAAAUUAUCUGUUGAAUAUAUAAAAAAAUCCAAAAUAACUCAAACUCCAUUACAUUUCCAACGUAUAUAAGGUAAGAUGAUAUACUUGUUUUAUAUAAACAUGGACUAUUUAGUAAUAAAAACCCGACAAUACUAUUUAUAUAUCAAUUAAUAUGUUAUUUAAAUGUAUAUCUCGUAGUUAGUGAUAUGAAUCCAAUGUUUGAAUUUGAAUUUCGUUGUGGGAAGAGAAUGGAAUAUUAUGAUUUAUUAAAUCACGUUGAUGGAUGGUGACUAGUUUCCAUAGACAUUUGUACAAUAUGUGUGGUGAGACUUACAAUAAAAUAUCUUAGACAAUU